CGGAACGGGAACGUUCGAUUGUUCGAAUGUCGACUCCUAAACAAAACGGUCGGGUCGUAACCUAGAGCGCGUUACAAUGUGUCUUUUUAUCUGAAAAUCAUAUUCGAUACGAAGAUCGCUGGUGAGAAUUAACGAUCGAAAACGAUGGACGAUGCGGCCUCAACACCGAACGUCGAAAACGUUUGCAGGCUCUGUUUGUCCGCUGACGAACCUAGGUCGUCAAUUUUCGAGGGGGAUGAUUCGUCGGUGCCGCUAUCUUUCAAGAUACAAGCCUGCCUAGCUAUUGAGGUCUCAUCGUCCGACAAAUUGUCAACUCUGAUAUGUCGGUUGUGCAUCAAAAACGUGAAUCAAUGGCACAGUUACAGAGAAUCGUGUCUCAAGGCCCAAGACAAAUUGCAUCAGUGGCAAAUGCAGCAGAUAGGGGUCCAGACGGGUGUAACCAUAAAGCAGGAGCCAAUUGAUUUGGAAUUUGAUACUGAUCAUAAUGUCUCCAUAACAGAACUGCACGGAACACCUGAACACCAAGAAAUCCAAAAUGACGGCGUAAUGGCGCUAAAAAUAACGAAUGAGCAAACAAUUCGACUGGGGAAAGAUGCGGAGAAAUCAUUGAAAAGUGAAACCUUAUGGAGGCGAAGAACCCGAAGUUUUGCUCUGUCAACUUCUCCAUCAGGCCUGCUUCAGGAAUCUGAAAAGUACCAAACAAAUUCAAAACCGUAUUGUACAGUGGAGGUGAAGGAAGAACCACUAGCCGAGGACGAAUACGACUCUACCUUGGAAAUCGAAUCUGUAACAGGCGGUGACAUUUUGCCUAACCCCGUAGCAAUGAAUUGUACAGAAAAAGACAGAGUGAUGGAGGCUGAUUCGACACAGAGAUCCACUUCUGUAACCUUCAGAACAAAGAGGAAAGCAAAGAGAGGACCACACACCCAUUUGAGAAACAAACAGAGGUUCACAAAGAAAUGCGUCUAUUGCCAAAUAAACCUUCACUCCAAAUAUUCAUACACCAAACACAUGGAAAGAUUUCAUUCUGCUGUCUCUGAUUCUGAACAAAGGGACAACAAAAUGGGGUUGAAAAAUGUUCUAAAGCAGAAACAAAUCUUUACAAAAUCUCCAUCUGCGUCGUUUCAAGAUCAGAUUAGACUUAAUAGGAAUAAUCCUCAAGAUGAAACAGUUGAUAGUAUUCCAGAAGAGAGCAGCGCCACGGUGGGGAUAAACAGUUACCGCAGGGACGUAGACGAAGAGAUGAUCGAAGAUGUAGAGGACGAGAUAGACAACAUGGAUAAAAAUUCAGAUACACCGCUCUCUCAAGUACAACAGAAUAUAAUUGGUCAGUUAAAAACCUACUCUUGUUACUCCUGUAAACAGGUUUUCCCCGACCGACGCACAACACUGAAUCACUUGAGGCAGCAUCUGCCGGACCUUCGUCCAUUCACCUGCGUAGCUUGUCUCACGCAAUUUCCGGAUCGUUCGAUCUACAAAGAUCAUUGCUACACCUCGUUUGAAUGUGCAAUGAAAAUUGCAAUAGUCGAGCCCAAGUCCGGUUUAGAAAAACAUUUCACCUGCAAUAUGUGCUCCAAGUCUGUGGAGAAUAGAAAGGAAUUGUUACACCACUUGACCUCUCAACAUUCUGACGAACAACAGGCAAACGCUACACCGACUUCUUCCAAUAAAAUGCCUGCAAAGAUAAGCAACAGAGACGGUUCGUCCCCAUCUACCGGCUGGUCCUGGGCAGGUCUAGGCUUGCCUGCUCCCUAUCAAAAUGGAGACCCUGUAUAUAAUAACCCCUGCAAUUACUGCGGUAUGAUUUACAAACACAAGCGAAAUUUAUUGGAGCAUCGUGAACUGUGUGCUCGCCUUCCGGUCAACGCUAGAACUUCUUACGCAUGUGUGCACUGCGGUAUGACUUUCCUUGUGUUCAAAAAGUUUUCAAGCCACCUUGCAACGUUGCACAAUACAACUGACAUUAUAUGUGCAAAGUGCCGAAAAUCUUUUGAUUCAGCUACCGUUUUCCUGACUCAUCACGAAAAUCAUAUAAGAAUGGACGAUCCACAAGGCAGCGGAGACAACAGAAGAUCUUCGACCAGCUUUGAAAGUCCAUUAAAAGAUUGGAACGAUUUCGAAGCUGAAGUACAUGCAAACGAAUCCAGAAUCAGUCGGCAAAAGUACAGCUGCGCGCUAUGCGGUCAAGAAUUUCCUACUAGAACGGAGCUUGGGGAGCACCGAAAUCUCCAUUUAAAAGUGAAGAUAUAUUCUUGCGUUAUUUGCCGUAGCAUGUUCAGUAGCGCUGGGGCGCUGGAAGUUCACAUGAAGGAUCAUGGAAUAGAAGAUCCCGCAGAACAAAGCGCGCACACUUCCUACAUAGAGUACGAAGGAACCGAAGACACGAAGGACUUUAACUUGACGGAGGGUUCGCGAGGCUCGGAAGCUGACGACGAAGAAACAACAUGCAAGAUUUGCCAAAAGAGGUUCUCAAGUUUAGCCAAUCUGAGGAGGCACACAGCGAAUGUACAUAGAAAUAGCAAAAGGCGACGAAAAUGCGUAGAAUGCAACAAGGUAUUUACCAAGAAAAAUUCUUACGAAUAUCAUGUGAGGAUGGAACACAAAGGGUUUUCUUCGCCCAUAAAAUGCUCCGUUUGUCCUCAAACAUUUAUUAGCAGGACUAAUUUGAAUUUACACUACGAGACGGUCCAUGCCCAUGUAGCAAAAGCGCCGUACGAAUGCGACAUAUGCGGUAGACAGUUCAAAGAAGAUCUAUCUUGUAAAAUUCACCGGGGAUGGCACGCGCGUAGAUCACGUCGACUGACCGAAGACUUAGCUGCCGUCAACCGCAAUAGUACUUUGAUGUCGUCGCGAUCCCUCGAGAAUUUUGAUAAUCCGAUAGAAUUGACACAGAGGCCAGCAAGAGCGCGUAAAUCGUUUCCAAAUUCACCGCCGGCGAAGCCCGCUCCUCAAUUGCAGUGUCAGGUCUGCGACAACAAGUUCAGUGACGUAACAGAACUGAGAAAACACCUUUGGGACGUUCACUGUGCCCGUAAUAAGAGCGAGAAAGAUUACACAACUAGCGACCUACAGUGCGAACUGUGCACUCACAUCUUGCCAGAUAGACCCAGCCUGGAGAGGCACUUGGAAUGGCAUAUGGAAAACCCAAUAUUGAGUGAUACGAAAAAUGGAUUACAGAGAAAAAGGUACUUCUCGCCCACGGACCUGAGGACUCAUCCGUGCGAUGUCUGUGGCAAUUUUUACACGUCGAGAAAGAGCUUGCUGAGACAUAAAAAACUUCACAAAGUCAGCACUGCCGCUACUGUCAAGUUUCAAUCGCUGGCCAAGAAACCAUCGAUUACCCAAUUUCCUUGCAACGUCUGUCACAAGACAUUUGGCAGUUCGAUGAAACUCCGCAAGCACAAACUCCGUCACUUUGUAAACCCAGCCGAACGCAAGAAACGCUCUGUUCUCGAGAAGUCCGACUUUAAGUGCGAGCUGUGCUUGAAGUAUUAUAUCUCCGAGGUCGGACUGCGUUUUCAUGUGGAAAAGACUUGUCCGUUUAGGGAGCAAGAAACAUACAGUCCUCGCCUAAAACGUCGAAGAAUAGCGUCGACCGAAGAAAAUGCCCCUUCGGCUGAGGUCGAUCCGCCAAAACAUCUGUCCGUAAAGUCAAACGUCGGUCUUCCCGUCGCCUGGAGAACGAAGAAGAUGGUGAACUGCAGCAUUUGCCACAAGUCCUUCCUUGGCAAAAGCCUUUUUUACAAGCACAGGCAGAUCGCUCAUCCGAAGGAGAUAACAAGCCGGGCAGAAGUGCUCUCCGUAAAGAAACAAAGCCUCGCGGCUACCGCUGCGACGGACGUUACGAAAAAUUUUCGGUGCAAUAUAUGCGGCAAGACGUUCCCGGCCGCCCUCAAUCUAAAGCUCCACAGGUCCGCUGUUCACAAACACGCUUCACUGAAAAAUACCUGCGCUAUCUGCAAUCUGAAAUUCAACUCGGGCGUCGGGUUGAAAAAUCACAUGCAAAAACACUCUACCGAUACCUUCAGCUGCAACAUUUGUACCCGAAUAUUCCGUUCCCGGCCAGCUGUAUUCAUUCACCUUAACCGACAGCAUCCCGAAGAGUAUGACCUUAUGCAGGAUAACAAGUCCAAACUGUUUACCGAAAUACAGGGAAUCCCUGAACAACCUCUUGAACCGGACGUAACAGUUCCGUUCAAGUGUGGCUUGUGUAACAAGACAUUUGAAACGAAGAAAGGUCUUAAAGUUCACAGCGUGAAACUUCAUUCCGUGCGUCAUGAAUAAUUUCAACAUUGACAUAACGUAUCAUUACCUUAUUUUGCAGUAGUAUAAAUUUUGAAACAACACUCUGGGUUUGUGUCUGCUUCGCCUUGUUCCCAAAACGCGAUAUCGGCCUCCAACAAGUCUCUUGUGUCAAUCCGUGCUCAUCGCCGACGUCUGCUUUUUCCCCCUUCAUUGUUCUACAGACAACGCAAAUCGCAACUCAAUUUACCGUCGAGUCGUGAAGUUUCUUUACAGUUUCAUAUAACGUAGAGAUGUUGGUCAUUUGAAAAUUGUCAUCACUGCCUGUCUAUUGGCAGUUGUUAUACCGCACAAAUGAGCGUUCAUUUUCGGUAUAUAAUGUAUAUCUUAAUUCGAGGCAACGAGUUUCGCAGAAAAUUUGUAUUGCUACUUAUUUGGACAAUAUUCAUCUUAUUAUUCAGCCUCGUUUGUUGUUAUAUUAAACUUUUGUACAGCUGUAACACAAUGUUAACUCGUACGAACGAUAGCAAUCCACUGACUGCCGAUGCGAUAUGUUUUUCAUUCUCGUCUGUGUCGUCAAGAAAAAUGUAAUUCACAAGAGGCGUUUUGCGGCGUAUACUUUAUUACAUGCAUACGAUAAUCGAUUAUAAUUUUACCGGCAAAUAAAGUGGAAAUAUUCUAUCACCGUACUUUAACUUGAUCGGCUAUAACGAAAUUAAAUCCUGGAGAGUCGUAAGUAAUUGGGAAUGGAUGCAAGCGUGGACGAAAAACAAAAUAAUACCGAAAUACUUACUCGACGAUACUUCAACUUCGCAUACUGUAUUGUAUUAUUUUACAAAGAAAUAUUUAUGACAGAACGUUGGAACGAGACUAGUAUUCAAUUUUUUGUUGUUAUUGUCAGUAAUCAUAAUUGUCGAUGUAUUUACCGCGGUACGAUACAAGUGUCAUACUUAAUAUACAUAUAAGUUGCAAGCAUUCUUUGAUGUACGAAAAUAUUCGCCACGACUUGACCAUUGAAUGUAGCAUCAAAAUGAAGCGUAUCAUAUCAUAUGGUCACUGAUCGGUCUUAAUCAUUUCACAGCGAUUUCGGAAAUUAUUCAUGUGCUUGCGGCAUAUAAUUAUAUUUGGCUAAUGUUAACAAACAAAAAAUUGUAUAUACAUAGCAUAAUAACGGCAAAACUGAAUCCCGUCAGGCAUUGCCAAUCGUAUACCUAUGUAUGUAGACCCUAUAAAUGCGAUAACCGAUAAAUAUUUAUUUUCGGUUCGGGAGUAAUAAAUCUUGAAUAAAUUUCACUUAAUUGAUCAAACGAAAUUAUUAUAAACACUAUAUCGUUUAUUUUGUACUUGUGUUUUUUUUCUCGGUUGUUUUUAUCGUUAAUUCAGGUUUUCCUUUUUAAUGAUUUAUCAUACAUAAUAUAAGCCUGGAGAGUGGAACGAAUAUUGAUUGACGAUCUUUACGUUAACGUUAUAGUAUAAUUGUUAUACGUAAGAGAUAUAGUUUCCAAAAGCGAAAAAAAAAAUUUAACCCAACAUGCAUUUUUAUCAC